AUGCCUGACUUUACACAUCAGAUGAACCCCUCGCCCACAACUGCUCCAAGAUCCAACUCGGAUUUUGCCGAUCGAGUAUGUGUUAAAUGCUCUACGCCAGCCUCCCUGACUUGCUCUGGAUGCAAGAGUACGACAACGGAUGCCAACAGACGAUACUGUUCGGCCGCAUGCCAGCGAGAUGACUGGGACGAACACAAAAUGGACUGCAAACAUGCCAAGGUGAAGAACAUACAAGCCAGAUUCUUCCGUGCGGCCAUUAUUCUUGAGAAUAUCUGGGAGGCGUACCGCGAAAAGCUGUUUGACAAACUGAUAACGAAGAUCGAGAAGAAAGAUGGCAGCCUUGUCCUUCACGAGAAUGACGAUCGAUGGUUCAACUCACCUUACGAUAUGCUUGAGCCAUUUCCUUUCCACCUGCUCCCUGAACCUAGCGACAAGCUGGCGGUCUUGAAUUUCAUGGCCUGCGGAGAUACCCUUGCCUAUUUGAAUGACGUUGUCGAGUUACUUUUCAGAGAUCUAUCAACUAAAAUUGUCGAAGUUGCUAUUAAUGAUAUGAUUCCAAAAAUGACAAUCACACCUGUGGACGUGCGUGGAGAUAUUAGAUCGCCAACUCGCCGGCAUGCGCUAUGGAAAGUCACAUUGAAAAAUUGUGCUGGUAUCUACGCUCUGGAUCUGACUGGAGCUCAAUUUGGUCACAUGGAUGCCCCAACCAUUCCUUGGGACAUAUAUAGGGCGAGCAGAAUCGGACGUGCUGGUUCUCCCUUUCAAAGGAGAGCUUUUCCUGCCAUUACCCAUGCAGUCAGUGGUUGGCUGUCCGACAACAACACGACCUUGUGGGACACGAUACAACUGCCUCAACCAAUGUUCGAUAAAUGCGUCGCGGGAAUUGUGGAUGCUGUGACUGUGGGUAUCGAAGAACGUCUCAGAAUUGCAAGAGAAUUGGAUGAGCAGUCGAUUUCACGAACAAAAUUAAGUUUGGGUAAUAAUUGUAGUGAAUUGGUUCAAGAGCAUGCGGCGUUGUAG